GCGCAGUGCGCCCAACAUCGCAGUCGUUUGCGUCGCCAAUCGGUCGCACGUGACCAUGAGGCUCUCGCGUAUCUCGGACGGCCUUCAGGCUGGACUCUACGUGUGUGGCAAAGCCACGGCCGACGUCUCGCACUGCACGAUUGAGCGGUCUGCCGGUUGCGGUGUCGACAUCUCUGGGGGCGCUGCGUGCACGCUAUCGCACUCGGCGAUCGCCAACUGCAAGAAGAGCGGCAUCUUUGCGCAUGCGUUCGGCACUCUCACGAUGCGCGACUGCCGCGUGGAGAAGAACCACAUGGCUGGCGUCGAAGUGACCACCCACGCGCAUGCAAGCAUCGAGACAAGCUGGAUUGUGCGCGGACUCAAAGGCGGCAUCCUCCUGCACUCGGGCGGCCGCGCGACAAUCCAAGCCAACGUCGUGCACAAGAACGCGAUGGCAGGUAUCGAUGUCCGCGGCGUCGGAAGCGCCGCCGUCGUCCAUCGCAACCACGUCUGCAACGGCCGCGCGAGUGGAAUCUACGUCUCGGACCACGCCCACGCCGAUGUCGUCGGCAAUGAGAUCUGCGGCCACCGGCGCGCGGGCCUCGAGACAACUGGUGACGCGUCGAUCACUGCAAGCGACAAUCAAUGCGUUGGCAACGGUCGCAACGAGCUCGAAGCCAAGUAGGCGUCGUUCAGAAAGGGCUGGGUAUUUCUUGCCCUAGCCCUGGGAACCUUUGUGCGUCAUCGGUUGAAGUGCUCCUCCCUUGGAGCUCCUCACUGAUAGAUAUUAUGUAGUCGUAGGAGAUCCUUGGUGUCGAUAGUGGAGACCCGUGUUGAUCUUGUGCCA